ACAAAGUGCAAAAACUAGUCAUAACUCACUAAUUGAGUUGGAUAAUUCAUGUUUACUUCCUUUCACACAAACGACGCGAGUUUUAUCAUUUAUAUUACGCUGUCGGUGAUAUUGUCCCCAAAACCGCGUAUUCCAAAACCACCCCACCGCCCGUUAUCUCCACCCAUUCCCCUGAGCUACGCUUCCACGCCGUCGUUGAUAUUCUCCCCCUCCAUCCCUGAAAUUUAGCCUUCCAAUCUUUGUUUAAAAUAAAAAAAUUCAAUCGACUCUAUUGUUCGAUUUCUUUGAUUAUCCCCUUUCUUCAUCGAAUUCGGUUCAGACCUGAUUCCAAAAUGGCGGCAACGAGACGGUUACGGGAUCUCCAAUCACAGCCGGGUAACAAAACUUGCGUCGAUUGUAACCAAAAGAAUCCUCAGUGGGCUUCGGUUUCUUACGGCGUUUUCAUGUGCUUAGAAUGCUCAGGCAAACACCGCGGUUUGGGUGUUCACAUCUCGUUCGUCCGAUCCGUUACCAUGGAUUCCUGGUCCGAUAUACAGAUCAAGAAGAUGGAAUCCGGUGGUAACGAGAAGCUCAACGCCUUUUUGUCACAAUACGGUAUUCCUAAAGAAACCGAUAUCGUUACCAAGUAUAACACUAAUGCCGCGAGUAUCUACCGCGAUCGUAUCCAAGCCCUAGCCGAGGGUCGUGCCUGGAGGGAUCCACCCGCUGUGAAGGAGACUCUGAACGGUGGUUCUGGUGGUAAUCGGAAGCCGCCGUUGAGCGGUGGAGGUAGCCGGGGCGGGAAUGAUGGAGGAUGGAAUAGUUGGGAUAAUGACGAUUCCUUUAGAUCUUCGAGCGACAUGAGGAGGAAUCAAUCGGCUAGUGAUUUUAGAGCAGGGAAUUACCACGGUGGUGGAAUGGGAGGUGUACCAGUGAAGUCGAGGUCGAGUGAGGAUAUGUAUACGAGAUCCCAAUUGGAGGCUUCGGCGGCAAAUAAGGAGAGUUUUUUUGCGAGGAAAAUGGCGGAGAAUGAAUCGAGGCCUGAAGGGUUGCCCCCUUCACAAGGAGGGAAGUAUGUUGGUUUUGGAUCGAGUCCUAUGCCUACGCAGAGGAAUAAUAAUAAUUCUCAAGGGGAUGUGCUCUCUGUUGUAUCUCAGGGGAUUGGGAGGCUAUCUUUGGUAGCUGCAUCUGCCGCUCAAUCUGCCGCAUGGCAGGUGAAGGAGGGUGGCUAUGAUGCCAGGGUUAAUGAAACUGUCAAUGUUGUCACUGCAAAGACAAGUGAGAUUGGCCAAAAGACGUGGGGCAUCAUGAAAGGGGUCAUGGCAAUGGCUUCACAGAAGGUUGAGGAGUACACUAAAGAUGGCAUGAACUGGAAAACCGAUAACUGGCAACAAAAUGAUGGUGUGAAGAACGGAUAUUAUAAUGAGUUUAAACACGAGAAUAAUGGAUGGAAUUCUACUACCGGAGGACAAUCCUCUUCUGCUGGCAAUAAUAAUUCUUAUAACUCAAGUUCUUGGGAUGACUGGGACAUGAAAGGCAACAGAAAGGAAGAUAAUACAAAAGUGACUUCCUCUUGCAGUAAUGAUGGUUGGGCUGGCUGGGAUGAUGCCAAGGACGAUGGAUAUGAUCAUUUCUAUAAUGGUGGUUCAUAUGAUAAAAAAGCUGUCGGACAAAAUGGAAAAUCCAAUUCCUCACGGACUGGUGGAGGCUUCCUUUAAGGUUUAGUUUCAUAUUAUUAUAGAUUUUAUGAUCAUGUUUUGAUGAAGUUUCAAUAUAUUUAAAUGAACAUUGUCUGAUGUAUAUCCAAUGUCCAGGUUUAACUUGAAUUCUAUUUACAGAUAUCAGAACUAUUACUUACUCAGAAAGGUAAGAAGUACAUAAAUUAUCCAGGCAUCAUUAUUUGCGAAUCAGAUCACGUAGUGGAAGGUGUGGAUGCUUUUGAUGGAGUUGGCAAUUUCUUCGGUAUGUUUCGUGUUUGUUAUAAGUUUAAAUUUGUAGAACUGUGGACAGAAAGGGCUAAUUUGCCCUAUUAGAAAAAGGAUUGCUUUUACCUGCGACAUUAAAAAUCAAAAUUGUUUUGGAUCUA